AUGCCAGUCGUGAUAGCGCCAGCGCCAAGCAACGCUCCAGCUGGCGCCAAGGAGCAGGGGCAGAACGCGUCUCUCGCAAUACCACCUCUCGCAUAUGCGUGCCAGUCCUGUGUCCGAAGGAAGGUCAAGUGCGACAGGGCCUCACCUAUCUGCUCGAGCUGCACCAAGGCGAAACUGGACUGUGUCUACCGCGCGCCUCCGCCGCCGAGACCGCGGAAAAGGAAGCCUAUUCCUUCAGAAGAUGUGAUUACUGUGGAUGACGCGCAUGAUGGCCUUCGUCCGAGUCCCCAAGAGAGAAUCCGCCAUGAAGAUUCUACUUCAGCCACAAAUAGCGCCGUCUUGUCAGCGGCAAUAGGACCAUAUCAGUCUUCAUCGCCCCGGAUUUCUGGCCCUUCCGCCGAUACAACCAGCACCAGUUCUUCUGUUGAAAACCCGCGAACUGAAAGCUCACGCGGAGGAAAGCUGCUUUCGGGAAAUGGCAAAUCCCGAUAUGUCAAAAGCCGCCUUUGGCUCGAUGCUGGCGACAUGGAUAUGCGUGAGCUCGCCAGGCACGGCGACCACAAUGCAGAGGCUCUCGCUGGCCAGAGUUACUCCACAGGUGCCGCGACUGCCUUGUCGGACCCGUUAUCUGACAUGCUCCUCGGCGUCUCACAAGGUCUUGGCCCCUAUCACCCAAGCCAUCUGGAUGCCAUGAAGUUAUGGGCGGCACAUGUUAGCAAUGUUGAUCCUCUGUGCAAGCUUUUGCACAUCCCAUCGGCAGCCAAGAUGGUCGAAUCAGUUUCUCGGCAGCUCUCCAUUGCCUCCAAGGCCCAGGAGUGCCUGCUCUUCUCAAUUUAUCACUCUGCUGUGUUCUCCAUGGCAGAAGAGGAGUGCUUGGUUCAGUUCAACAGAUCGAGAUCUGACUUGCUGGCUAUGUACCAAGCAGCAGUACGGCAAGCACUUGUCAACGCGUCGUGGCUCCAGACGACUGAAAUGCUUAUUCUGCAAGCUUAUGUCCUCUUUCUCAUCGUCAUGCGUACGGAAAUGGACCCUCAUACAUAUUGGAUUCUUACUGGGGUAGCAGUCCGCAUUGCGCAACGCAUGGGGAUCCAUCGUGAUGGCGAGGCUGAUGGGCUGUGUCCUUUCGAUGUGGAAAUGCGACGCAGGCUUUUCUGGCAGCUUCUUCCGCUCGAUGCCCAAGUAGGUCAGAUUUCAGGGAGCGGCAUAUCAAUACUCCCUGGUAGCUGGGAUACCAAGCCGCCGCUUAACAUCAACGAUGAUCAGAUUUACCCGGGGAUGAAGGAGCCGCCUCAGGCCCAAAAGGGCGCCACCGAGAUGAUACUCUAUCUCGUUAAAGCAGAGCUCUCGAACCUCUUCGCGCGGACAGGAGUCACAGUAAGGAACUAUGGCCCUUCCCUUGAGAUUAAGAGUGGGAAGGAGAUUGAAGAUCUCAUGGACGAGGUCGAAACAACCAUUGAGAUGAAUUACCUCCGAUACUGUGAUAUUACCAAUCCACUCCAGUUCUUCACUCUUGGAAUAGCGAGAUCUGCUGCCAGCAUCGUGCGACUUCGCAACCGAAUGUCUCCGCGCGCAAAUGAGGACAUCGACAACACAAAACUAAGGGAGCUUUGCGUGUUAGCUCAUAAGAUUCUUGACACGGACAGCGCUAUAUAUAGGAACCCAUCGACUAGAAAAUUUCACUGGCAAAUAAAAGGGUUCUUUUUGUGGGAUGCAUUGAAGUGUAUUCUAACCAGCCUGGCUAGACCUGACUUCUAUCCUCCUGCGGAGCUUGACGCAACAUGGGAGAAGAUGGCAAACUUUUAUCAGGAUCACAGGGAGGUCGCCGAAGCCAAGGGAGCUAUCCGGAAAUUAAUAGUCAAGGCUACACUUGACGCAUGGAGAGUGAACCCCCCUACUCUUUCAUCUCCUGAGCCGGACUUCAUUGUGAUGCUGAGUUCUCAGGCGCCCAGUCACCAAGCUACUCAGUUACAGGGAUUGAGCAACGAGCAAGGUCCGUCCGAUGGGGGGGCUACUGGCUUUACAUCGAUGGACGCGAUUGAUAGCCACUUUGAUGUUGGCGAUAUUGGCUUUGGCGACGAGUUGAAUCUCAGUGUGGCGGACUGGAUGUUUUGGUACCAGUCUGCUUAG